AUGAAUGCUGAAGCACUGGCCCAACACAGUUCCGCCCCCACCCAUGGCGCCUCCCUCCAGGAGCUCUUGAUCUUGGCGGAGACGCUGCCGAGCCACCUGCCCCACCUGGCCACCCAACCACUUCUCCAGAAAGAGCCCUUUGCUUGGUCCACCCACCAGGAAAUCUGCAGAUUAACACCAUCCUCCUUUCAAGAGUUCACCUUCCCAGUGGAUCCCCCUAGUGUGAGUGCCUGGUGGGAGAGAGGGUUAGCCUUCAAAGCGACUGAAGGAGCGCAAGGGCUGUGGGGGCUGGGGCCUCAGGUGGGUUUCUAG